AUGAAGAAAACGGGUCAGAUCAAGCCUCGAUGGAGUCCUGAAGAGGACGAGCUAUUGCAGAAGUUAGUAGAGAAACAUGGAGCAGGGAACUGGUCGCUUAUCAGCCAAUUGAUUCUGAGUCUAUCUGCAAAAUCAUGUCGAACCGAUAAGGCAAUAAAAAAUCAUUGGAAUUCCACUCUUAAACGGAAUCGCCCUUCUAUGCCAGAAGAUUUGACAUUCAAAAAUCCUCAACCUCCGUUCAAAAGAUUGUUCAGUAUCGGGGCGGAUACAAAUUUAGAUAGUUCAUAUGAAUCUGAUAUUAGCAAUUUGGGUUUUUCUAGGUUCGCCCAAUCGUGUCUUUAUUCGCCCGUUGUCCCACUAGGUCGAGUUUUGCCUCUUUCAACAUUUUCACUAGUAAUGCCCGAUCCAUCAACAUCUUUGAGUCCAUAUGGAUCUGAUUUGAAUAAUUUGGGUUUUUCUAGGCAUCCUCAGCCUUGUCUUUAUCCACCCAUUGCCCCAUCAGGUCGAAUUUUGCCACUUUCAACAAUUUCACCAGUAAUGCCCGAUCCAUUAACAUCUCUAAUGCCUGAUCCAUCAACAACCCUAAGUCCAUAUGGAUUUGAUUUGAACAAUUUGGGUUCUUCUAGGUUCUCUAAGUUAUGCCUUUAUCUGCCCAGUGCCCCACCAGGUCGAAUUUUGCCUCUUUCAACAUUUUCACCAGUAAUGCCUAAUUCAUCAACAUCUCUGAGUCUCUCUUUAUCCAGAUUCAGAUCUAGCGAGAAUUUUAAUAGGGUGAACUGA